CGGUGUUUACGUCACGUGUGACAAGGCGGGCCGCGCUGCAUGCUGGGAGGAGGUGUUGUUGUCGCAGAGGGGUAAGGCUAGUAGCAGCCAUUUUGUGCCCAAUACAGGGCUAGGGAAGAAAGGGAUCGCUGCUGCCAGAGAGGGACAUCUACCGGGUUACGUGAACGUCGUCUCACGCCCCCCCCUGCUACUGGGACAGGUCGCUCCCCCUCGGGAUCUGCUCAGCCACGGCAGGAGAGCGGGACGCCCGGCGGGGCGGGGGGGACACCGUGAUAUCCGCCGGCGGCCAGGACAGCAGAGAGGCCCAUCACGGGGGCAGGCGGCGGCGCAGGAGGAGAUCCAGCCGGAGGAUGGAGGCAGAGAGAGGCGAGCAAGGCAAAGACGGAGAAGUAAAUGUUUUGGAUGAUAUCUUAACUGAAGCUCCAGACCAAGAUGAUGAACUAUACAAUCCUGAAAGCGAGCAGGAUGUGAAUGACAAAAAAGGGUCCAAAAGAAAAAUUGAGAGAGUUGAAAUGCCUGAAACAAAGCGACAAAAACAGUCCUCCCAUAUAACAAGACCCCCUCCUCAAAGGCUGUCUGCAGCUACAAAGAGGCCUGCCAGCACCAAAGGAAAGCAGGCAUCAGAAUACAAGAGUGAUGACUUUCCGAGACAUGACAGAAACAGGAGGCCAGAUGGUGAUCGAAGAAUUCAUCACUCAGGCAGCACAGGCCGCGAUGGGUUUAAAGGACCACAGGAUAAAGUUUACUUGAGAAAAAGAGAAACUGAAAGGAGGCCCAAAUCGAACACUCCAGAUAUUGCACCUGAGAAAAUAAGGCAUGAUUCAAGCAGGCGGCCAAGCGGAUCAAGUCGCUCCUCUGAUGGCAACUCUGAAAAUUAUGGGUCGGAUAGAGAUAGUGGCAGCAGCGAGUCCUCUGAUCAAGGAAACAGUGAGAAUGAAGAAGGGAUGGAGGAAGAAGAGGGAGAUGAAGGAGAAGAAGCUGAAGAGGAGGGUGAGGAAGAAUAUGGCCAGGAGCAUGAACGAAACCAGCGAGAGGGGAAUGAUUAUGAUACUCGCAGUGAGGCCAGUGACUCGGAGUCUGACUCUGCUUCAUUCUCUGGGGACUCCAUUCGUUCAGGUUCCGGCUCUGAUAUUUCAGAUCAGACAAAGAAGGAAAGGAAAAGGGAUAGAGGUAUUUCUCCAAUUGUGUUUGAUAGAAGUGGAAGUUCUGCAUCAGACUCUUAUGCAGGUUCAGAAAAGAAGCAUGAAAAAUUGCCCUCUUCUGUUCGUGAUGUUCGAAAAGAACGAAUCAAUAAAAUUCGGUAUAUUCUCCAGGAUGCUCGUUUCUUUCUCAUAAAGAGCAACAACCAUGAAAAUGUAUCUUUAGCUAAAGCAAAGGGUGUUUGGUCAACCUUACCAGUGAAUGAGAAAAAACUGAAUGCAGCUUUCAGGUCUGCGCGGAGUGUGAUUUUGGUGUUCUCUGUUAGAGAGAGUGGAAAAUUUCAAGGAUUUGCAAGGUUGUCAUCUGAAUCUCAUCAUGGUGGAUCUCCAAUACACUGGGUUCUUCCUGCAGGAAUGAAUGCAAAGAUGCUCGGUGGUGUGUUCAAGAUAGACUGGAUUUGCAGACGUGAACUCCCAUUUACGAAAUCUGCUCACCUAACGAAUCCAUGGAAUGAACAUAAACCAGUGAAGAUUGGACGCGAUGGUCAGGAAAUUGAACUGGAUUGCGGGACACAGCUUUGCCUUUUGUUUCCAACGGAUGAAAGCAUUGACUUGUAUCAAGUCAUUCAUAAAAUGAGGCACAAGAGAAGAAUGCAUUCACAACCCCGUUCGCGAGGUCGUCCCUCACGCCGAGAGGCAACACGAGAAGUGGGAAGGCGUCGACCAGAAGAUUAUGAUAUUCAUAACAACAGAAAGAAACCAAGAAUUGAUUAUCCCCCUGAGUUUCACCAGCGACCAGGUUUUGUCAAGGAUCCUCGUUUCCAAGAAGUGGAUAGAAGAUUUACAGGAGUUCGGAGAGAUGUAUUUUUAAAUGGAUCCUACAACGAUUACGUGAGAGAGUUUCAUAACAUGGGACCACCACCUCCAUGGCAGGGAAUGCCUCCGUACCCUGCAAUGGAACAGCCUCCACAUCACCCAUAUUAUCAGCAUCAUGCCCCUCCACCUCAAGCACAUCCACAGUUUUCAGGUCACCAUCCAGUUCAACAUGAUACACGAUAUCGGGAUAAACGGGUUCAUGACUAUGAUAUGAGAGUGGAUGACUUCCUUAGGCGCACGCAAGCUGUCGUCAGUGGCAGAAGAAGCCGUCCCAGGGAGCGGGAGAGAGAGCGUGAAAGAGAACGGCCCAGAGACAACCGGCGAGACAGAGGACGCGACCGUGACAGAGAUCGGGACAGGGAAAGAUUGCGUGACAGAGAUAGAGGCGAUAGAGGAGACCGAGGCAGAUACAGAAGAUAACUUCAUGAGCCAGCAUUUCUGUGCACAUGGAUGUGUCCUUUGUGUAUUUAUAAAGUAGCAACAUUUCUGUUAAAGCUGUCUAUUUUAAGAGUUCAAACAAUAACCUACAUUUGUUUUUGCUUUGAUCCACUGUUGUGCACAUACAUUGUCAGCUGGAGAAAUCUUAAAAUGACUAAUCUGGUGCACUUGGGUCUGUUGGAGAGCUUUUUGUACUUCAUAGUAAAAUUAUAGCUAUGUAAGUGUCCUCCAUGUAUAUUCUUCUUGAAACCUAGUUCUGCGCUAUAGCCAGUCCAAUGUGCGUAAAAGCAGAAACUCUUCUUGAAGGCCAUCUCAAACUGUUAUGGUUUUUCUUUUUCUCCCUCUUUAUACAUAGCUGCAGUUGAUUCUGUGAAAAUAAUGCUGCUAUAAAGUAUGCAAUUUUUGAAGGUUAGACUCAGAACAUAUUAUAAAUGGCACAAGCGUUCCCAUACUCUGUGAAGAAAGCAAUACUGUUAAGAGUACUUGAGAUGUGUAUACAAAUGAUGCUCUACCUUGUGUCUGAAUGGAGAGUGGACACAACCUGUGUGUGUGCUAGGUAGUGUGACCAUGUUAGCUUCUGCUAUCAUUAUGUAUUGAAUUAAUAACGUGUAAUUUAAUUUGUUACUACAGUGGUCUCUUAAGCCAUUUGAUAGCAGCUGUUCAGCUAAUUUCCCUCUGCUGCAAAGCCUUUUUUAUUUUGUCUAGCCCUAUACUCUUUUGUGCCAUGUUUUUUUUUUUUUUUUAAAUAAAGCCACUGUGGAAAUAUUAAGUUAACCUGUUCAUUUGAAUGGUUUUAUAAAAACAAAAAAUUCUACUAA